GCCCCUUUUUAUUAUAUCUUCCCAUCAAAGAACAAAUUUGAUCAAAAUGUCUUCUAGCAACACAGAUAUGCUUAGCCUUCGCUCCAACGACGGCGUACUUAUCCAAAUGAGCCGCCCGGCCGCCCGUUUAUCUGAAGUCCUUUUCGAAAUGAUGAACGAUCUGGACGGACAGGAGACCACCGAAGUCCCCAUCUCCGAAGUCAACGCACAAACCUUGAGUAUCAUCGUCGAAUGGUGCGAGGCCACGGCCGUAAAGAAAGCUCAGGAAGAGGCGAAGAAUGAACAAGAGAGGAUCGCAAAGGAGAACCGUCGACAGGCGCGCAAGGAGGCUCGCGAAGCGCGUGAAUCGGCUCGGCUGGAGCGCGAGGCUCAAGGCGAGGAGGUCGGGCCCCCGGAGCCGGCCAACGACGACUCGGACAGCGACCACGAACCCAUCACAUCCACCAUCUACGAACGGCCCGCGGACGUGAUCCCCGAGUGGGACAGGGCGUUCAUAGGCCGGCUCAACAAGGAGCAGUUGUUCGAGCUGAUCACGGCGGUGAACUUCUUCGAUAUCGACGAGCUCUUCGACUACUGCGCCAAGACGAUCGCGAUCAUCAUCCAGGACAUGUCGACCGAGCAGAUGCGCGAGUAUUUCGGAGUCGAGAACGACUUUACCCCCGAGGAGGAGGCGCAGCUUCGCAAGGACCACGGGUGGGCUGAUCCUGAUCCAAGUUACUUUUAGGUAACUAAAUUUCUUCUUCUCGCGUAUAGGGAUGAAAUGUAACUUGCCUGGCUUGAAAUAGCCGCUACAUAGUUUAGAUUGACUAGCUAAGUUAUGUGUAUUAUUAGUAUAAAGUAAUAAAAAAAAGUUAGUUGGUCAAUUUAUUGUAUUUAUUACUAGAGUGUGUGAAUCGUCUUCCAUGUUUCGCUUUCAGGGGGUUGGUUUGGAUGUUGUGCAGAACAGAUUUAGAUAAUAUAAGGAGUCUGUUACGUAACUUAGACCUUGACAAGUCAACUAACCAACCAAC